UUUAGAUAAACUUGUAUUGUCUGUGAACAUAUUGUAACUCAAAAAUAAUAUGCCUUUUGUUGUUUGGUUAAGUAAUAAGUUCAUAAACUAAUGUAUUAACCCUAAGCUUGUUUAAAUUACUAGAAAAUUAGAAAAGGUUUUAUACAUAUAGAAAAUGCUGGAAGUAACAUGUAACGACCGAUUAGGAAAGAAAGUUCGUGUAAAAUGUAAUCCUGACGAUACUGUUGGAGACCUUAAAAAGUUAAUAGCAGCACAAACAGGAACCAGGUACGAUAAAAUUGUCCUGAAGAAAUGGUAUACUGUGUUCAAAGACCAUAUCCGACUCUCAGAUUAUGAAAUUCAUGAUGGAAUGAAUUUAGAGCUGUAUUAUCAAUAAGAAACAAAAAAAAUAACAUUUCAAGAAAUUUUACAACCCAGUUUGAAUUGAUGGUCAAUUUGAAGAUGUCCAUGACCAGGAAAUUUAUAACAAAAUCAAUAAUGAGGACAAUGUGUCUAAUGUGAAUUUCACUAAGAUAUAAAAAAGUAAAAAGAUAAAGUUUU